AUAAUUUUUUAGAUUAAAAACAAAACCCUAGUGGCGGGAUAUUUUAGUUUUUUUUUCCUAUUUGGGAAUUUUCUCCGUCUUCCACGCCUGGACGCAUCUCUGAUCUCCUAUUCUCUCCGUUUCUUUCUUCUUCCGGUGACUGGCGACUCUCCCAGGUAGCCAUCGUCUGUAAUCUUGAUUUCUUCGAUGACGGACUAGGCAUAAAAGGCUACAUUUUGAUUGCCUCCCUUCUUUCGAGCAGCUUCAAUCUGACAGGAAUAAAGUCUACCCGUUGUCUCAAGUGAGUCAAAGCAACUCGGAGCUAUCAAUUCUUUGACUAGUUGUAAUAGCUCUGCACAGGCUCAAGGAUUUCAUAAUGCAACGGUUGGUAAAGAUCGCAAGGCUAUCGCGUCCCUCCACGACAAACUUUUGCGGUUAUGGCUCUUGCUCUUCCCAAUUCACGGUGGCAGCAAAAAAGCAUCGCAGCAUUUCUAUUCUGCCAGGGAAUUUGGAUAAAUUGCAGAAAAAUGUUCUCCCCAGUAACUUAUUGAAAUGGAGCUCGCUUGGUUUCUGUAGAACAUCAAGAUUUGCCACUGGGUUCAAUCCUUUGCAGCCAAAGCCACUUGACUCGAUUAUGGACGUUGAGAGGGCAAAGACCAAAUCUGCUGAGGAACUUGCUGAAAUAUGGAGUGAUUACCACUUGGGAAGAGGUCAUAUUGGAGCUUCAAUGAAAGCAAGUUUAUACCAUCUUCUGGAGCAAAGAUCUGGAGAUUGCCGAUAUUUUGUGAUCCCACUUUGGAGAGGGACUGGCUACUCAACAAUGUUCGUACAAGUACAGACACCACAUAUCCUCAUAACUGGGCUUGAAGACUACAAGGCAAGAGGAACACAAGCCUCCCCAUACUUCACCAUUUCUUACUACACAGAAUUUGCCGAAAGCAAGGAUCUGGUGCUUGUCCGUGGGGAUGUUGUCUUCACCAGCAAACUCAGUGAUUCUGAAGCCAAAUGGCUCUUGGAGACCGCACACUCCUUCUACCUGAACGACACGAGGUACAAACUUGUCGAACGCUUCAACAAAGAAACACGCAAGUUUGUGUUCGAGGAUGUUUUGCGUGCGUUGGAAAUGCCCAUUCUGUAGCUGAAGCGGAAGUGUUAGUACAUGUUGAAGUCUGAGUUUGGGCUUCGCAAAUGUGAUCUUGCUGUGCAUUUGCAUGAGUGUUUCAUGGUGGAAAUGUCCAAAGUGCCCUCAUGAUUCCUUCAAGGGUGGAGCAGUGCACUCUAACUGGAAGUUCUUAUGCCAAGAUGUUUCUGGUAUGUAGUCAUAAGAAUAAAUCACGAUUUGGUGUUAAAAGCUUCAGAGAUUUCCUUUCUUGAAUUUGCUAAAGCUUCUCAUUUCUGAAUUUGCUAAAGCUUGGAAAGAAUUUGCUGAAGCAUCUGGAUUUAUGAAUUU